GCGGGGCCCGGGGGCUGUGCUCCCCCGCCCCUGCCGGGAGCGCGGGGAGGGGCGGGGCCGGGCGGGCGCGCUGGGCUCCCGCGCGUCCCCGGGGCGGUCACCUGGGCCGGGCGCGGCAGGUGCCCGGGCGACGACCUCGCUUGCAGCCUGCUAGGGCGCCGCGCGCCGUGUCGGCGGGUGGCCUCGGGGGUGGUGGCAGAGCCAGCCGCCUGUAUUCUGGAGGCGACUGCAUGAACUCCGUCUCCUGAGGAAGGUUCAGUUGGAAGAAAACACCCACUUCGUCCCACACUUGUGCAAGUGACUCGGAAUUGAAGGCAUCUUGGCUUCCAUUGUUGCUGAGGAGCCUGACGCCAUCCCACCCGAGUAGCCACCUGUCAGUGCGCUGGCUAGGACCUCCAGUAAUAGUCUUGAGUAGGAGUGGAGAGCAGACAUCACAUUGUUCCUGAUACUGGGGAAAAUGGCCACUUUUUCACUAAGCAUCAGAACUUACUUACAUGGCAUUUUGGUAUAGCAAAAUGAAAUGCAAGAAACCCAAAGUAACAUAAUUGAAGGCACUAAAACCGAAAUAAAAUAGGAAGAUCAUCAGUCAAACAGACAUACUGGAGAGGAUGGAAAACAAAGUGAAGCAGUGUUUUAUCAUGUGUGUUACAUCAGGUCAUCUUGAAAUUUAACUAAAAAUAUGACUGCUCUUUCUUCAGAGAACUGCUCUUUUCAGUACCAGUUAAAUCAAACAAACCAGCCCCUAGAUGUUAACUGUCUGCUAUUUUUGAUCAUACUUGGGAAAAUAUUAUUAAAUAUCUUCACACUAGGAAUGAGAAGAAAAAACACCUAUCAGAAUUUUAUGGAAUAUUUUUGCAUUUCACUAGGAUUUGUUGAUCUUUUACUUUUGGUAAACAUUUCCAUUAUAUCCUAUUUCAGGGAUUUUGUACUUUUGGGCAUUAGGUUUACUAAAUACCACAUCUGCCUAUUUACUCAAAUUAUUUCCUUUACUUAUGGCCUUUUGCAUUAUCCAGUUUUCCUGAUAGCUUGUAUAGAUUAUUACCUGAAUUUCUCUAAAACCACCAAGCUUUCAUUUAAGUGUCAAAAGUUAUUUUAUUUCUUUACGAUAAUUUUACUUUGGAUUUCAGUCCUUGCUUAUGUUUUGGGAGACCCAGCUAUCUACCAAAGCCUGAAGGCACAGAAUAUUCAUUCUUAUCAAUGUCCUUUCUAUGUUAGCAUUCAGAGUUACUGGCUGUCAUUUUCCAUGAUGAUGAUUCUAUUUGUGGCUUUUAUAAUCUCUUGGUCAGAAGUUAUUACCUUGGUACAGGCUAUUAGGAUAACUUCCUAUAUGAAUGAGACUAUCUUAUAUUUUCCUUUUUCAUCCCAAUCUAGUUAUAUGGUGAACUCUAAAAAAACAUUCUUGUCUAAGCUCAUUGUCUGUUUUCUUGGUACCUGGUUACCAUUUGUACUACUUCAGCUAAUUAUUCUUUUACUUAAAGUACAAAUUCCAGCAUAUAUUGAGAUGAAUAUUCCCUGGUUGUACUUUGUCAAUAGUUUCCUCAUAGCUACAGUUUAUUGGUUUAAUUGUCACAAGCUUAAUUUAAGAGACAUCGAGUUACCUGUGGAUCCAUUUGUCAACUGGAAGUGCUGCUUCAUUCCAUUUAUAAUUCCUAAUCUUGGGCAAAUUGAAAAGCCCAUAUCAAUAUUAGUUUGUUAAUAUGUUGUCAUAUUAAAACUAAUUAAAACAACUA